CGGCACUUGCUGUCGCGUCCUCACCAUAUAUGCGUGCGUCUCAACCGCAGCCCUCUCCCCGCUCGCUCGCCGUUUUCAAGAGACCAACCGCAUAGUCUUUGCCGCGCGUGGCUGGGCAGCGAAAGGGGUCGCGCGGCGACGCGAUGCGGGCGAACGAGAGCACGUGCGUGGUGGGCCAAAAGGUGGUGCUCGUGCCGUACCGCGCUUGCCACGUGGCCAAGUACCAUUCGUGGAUGCAGGACCCGUGGCUGCAGGAGGCGACGGGGUCGGAGGCGCUGAGUCUGGCAGAGGAGUACAGCAUGCAGCAGCGCUGGCGGGCCGACAGCGAUAAGUGCACGUUCAUAGUGCUGGACCGCUCGCGCAUACCUGGCCUUGCACACACCUCCGGCGAGCUCGUUGGAGCUGCCAGGGACCGAGCGCCACGUGCACCAUCAGACACAGCAGAUGGAUCAGCAGCAGUAGCGCCAUCAACAGCAGCACAAGGCGCAGCAGUGGAGGGGGAAGCUGCAGGCUGCCUUCGCCACUUCCCCUCGCACAUCGACGGCAUGUGUGGCGACGUGAACUUGUUCAUCAACGACCCUGAUGACCCUGCCGCGGCCGAGGUGGAGGUCAUGAUUGCAGACGCCACGUGCCGUGGGCGCGGCAUGGGGCGGGAGGCGCUGCAGCUGAUGCUGGCGUACGCGGUGUGGCACCUGCACAUCACCACCCUGCGCGCCAAGAUCAAUGACUCCAAUGCGCCAUCCAUCGCUCUCUUCCGCUCCCUCGGCUUUGUACAGACAGGGCACAGCCAGGUCUUUCAGCAGACAACAUUUGAGCUCACUGCUACCUCUCCUCCAUUGGCUGUCAUUCACGAUCUCGUCAUGCCACUGCACAUCUUGACAUACAUCGACUAGGCUCCCUUACUCUUGCGCGGGUAUUGAUAUCCUAAUAAAAGUUACGAUGUGGUGUAAGUCAACAUAAUAUAGCUUAUGUGAAGUC